UCCGAGCGCACGAGUCGAGCCCGACAUAUUCUGAGCGUCCUCCAAAUGUUGAGCCCGAGCGGUGAAGCGUGGCUCUUGAGGGGGCGAGGUUGGAGAAGGAGGCAGAAACCAGGCUCCGAUCGCACGAACACUGACCUCUGAGUCAAACCCCACAUCCCUGCAGCUGUGACCGGACUCAUAGAGACACAAUCACAUCAGCCAGGAUGGGGACAGUCAGUGUGGUCACACUCAGCCUCCUGCUCACCACAGUUCUGUCUGCUCCUGUGAAAGUCGACGAGGACUCGAUGACGUUGUUCCAUGGGGAGGAUUUCCACAUCAUGCUGCCCUCCCUUGGGUUGGAGGUCACAUUUCGGAACAGGUCUUCUCCGCGGUCGCCUGAUGUGGUCCUGAUGCGGGACGGUGCUGUCAUCAACAGUCGGACUAAACUCAACCGGCACCUCAGCCACCUCAUCGUAGACGCUGUGGGUGAGGAAGACGAGGGCGUGUACACGGUGAAGAACCCAGAGAAGCCAGAGGAGAUCAGGCGCAUCACGCUUAUAGUCCGAGAUUGCUCCAAUGAGGAGAUGAUUAAAUAUGGAGACAGCUUCUUUAUUCCGCUGUUGGAGGUGACCCCUCCCAUCACCCUGGAGUACAGGCCAAUCGCCGUGGAGGCCAAUCAGACAUCAAGACCAGCUCUGGUGCUGCUGACCAGUACGGGCAUGUCCAGGGAGGGCUACCAGGGUCGUAUCAGCGUCAACGAGCGCCAUGUUGUCCUCAGUGCUGUCACGGGGGCAGACGAGGGAAGCUACACUGUUAGGGACUUCGAAGGUGUCAUCCAGAAGAAAGUGUGUCUCAACGUCAAAGAGCACCAAGAAUUUGUGAAGCUGCCGAUUGGUGAAAGACUGAAGAUCAACCUGGUGCUCAACAGCUCCUUGGUCCGUCUCUACUACAGCCCCGAUUAUGACUCCACGCCCCAUCUGCUGCUGGACAAGGGAGAAUUCACAAGUACUCCAGAGGAGCUGGGUCUGCAGGACCGUCUCAGCUUGGACCAUUCACUGGUUUUUCUAGAUAAGGUCAAGGGGUCAGAUGCUGGCCAGUUCAACAUUGUUGACAUACUGGGAUUCACUUUGUCCUCCGUCCACCUGGAAUUGCUACCCUACAAGCUGGAGUCGCUGUAUGUGGCCAUCAUCGCCCUGUUGGGUCUGCUGGUUUUCCUUCUGCUGGCCUGCCUGCUGUCCUGCCUGAUCAAAGUGAAGAAGAGGGCUAAGAGGGCUGCUACCCUGGAGAAGAUUGCCCAGAAUGCUGGCAAAGAGGACGAAGGGGAGGCCUUCAGACAGGUGGUGAAGAACAUCACCAAACUCAGUGAGGAAUCCAAGCAUUCCCAGGCCGACACCACAGAGAAAUCUCAGAGCACGGAGGUGGACAUUAAAGGUCUGGAGGUUUCCUCUAAAGAGAUUGGAAUUGGUAACCUGGAGACCAGUGACUCGGGUGUUGGCUUUAACACCGCCCUCCCACUGGACACUGACACCGAUGUCCCUGAUCAAAUCCCUGACUCUGAGGCUGUAAGCAUCUCUGUUACAGAAACCAAAUCAAGUCCACCACCUGCUGCCGAGGCCAAACCAAGUGCUCCACCCGCUGUGGAACUAAUGCCCAGUCCUGUAGCUGAAGCUAAAGCCAGCCCAACACCUGAGAUUAAGAAAACCCCUGAGGAGGUGAAGCCGGAUGUUCCCAAACAAGAAGUUAAGCUUAGCCCAGUUUUGAGCUCUGAGCCCAAGGCUGGUCUGAGCCCAGCUGAUCCAAAGCCUGCACCCAGUCCGAGCCCAGAGCCCAAACCAGCUGCUCCUAAAGCCCCAAAACCUGAAAGUAAGAGCGCCCUAACUCCCACAGCCGAGCCCCCUAAACCAACCACACCAGAACCCAUCACCAACGGUGCACCUGAGCCAGGCCUGGAUUCCAAACCGAGCCCAGAUCACACUGAUGUUAAUGGAGGCUUGAGUCCAAAAGCGGCUCCCCCUAAAACCCCGGAGGUGGAGCUGAAAUCUGGUGGUGCUGUAAUAGAAGAUGGCGCUGCGGCUGAGAAACCAACCACCACCUGAGAUCUGCCCCUGCAAAAACACAACGGAAGCCCCACAGAUCUACCACCACUGUAGACAAUCGAACACCCCCAACCAAAUAAUGAAGAAACCACUGAGGCUGGGGCGAGCGAGGGCUUUGGUUUAAACAUGUCUAAUGCCUGAUUACCUUCAUAAUGGUAUAUCUCACUUUCUAUAACUAACAUAUAACCUUUGAGACUUUCUGAAACACUUCACAUGACUAAUACGGUUUGUUGAUUGUUUAACCUUUUAGUUGUACGCACCUUUGUUGGUGUGUUUUUUUUUUUGGUAACUUCACAGUGAAACUGCCAGACUUCAAAUGAAAUCCUUUGCUGAGUUUACAACUAAACUUUUAACAACACAUAAGGUAUUUUCUAACAUAGUGAGGUUUACAAGAUUUUAUCAAAACCAGAACAGAACUAGAAUUUCUUAUCUGACCUGAACUAACCGUCCUUUAACAUUUAGAUGGUUAAUUAAGUUGUGGAUAAAACUGAUGAAACAGGUGCAGCUAUAACAUGUGAUGAUAUUAUUUAGACUGGACAUAAUCCAAACACAAAUCAAAGCCCUUUUUAUUACACAGAUCACAUUCAGUUGUUGGCAUUUUGCACAAAGGUGAAAUGUGGAUGUUAAAUGCUUGUGCCCGUCCUCUGGCAUCAGAAACAUCUGCAAUAUGCCAUCAAAUAACUACAAAUGCACUCUAUUAAGGCUAUUCCUCCAACAAGGCCCAACAGUCUCCUUAGAUUAAAACAGACCUUACAGCUAAGGCUGCAUUAUGUUUCUCAGCUGCAGCUUUGUGGGAGUUACAAGUUUCUGGCUCUAUUUGUUACCAUACAGCAGCUGAAACAAACCUACACCCAAAUGAAACCACAUUUAAAUCCACUAGAUCCAGAUUUUUAUUUGGAUCAGCAUGAAAUUACACACACUGAUUGAUACUAACCUCUUGAAUAUGUUGGAAUUUAUUCAGCAAGCAUAAAUUCCUGGAUCUGAUCUCUGAUCCGGAUCCACACUAAAAUUUAAUUUGUUGUUCCUUGGCACAUAUCCCAUUAUUGCUGCAAGCUUUGUAAUAAUCUUUCAAGUUGUUUUUGUGUAAUGCUGCUGACUAACAGAAACAAAAACAAACUCUAAACAUAACCUCCUUGGUGGAGCUAAAAAGAUGAGUUUUGAAUAACACAAGAAAGCUUGCUAAUAACACUAAUCUCAGUGCAUUUAUAGUCUCUGAGAUUUAAAUAUAGAUACCCAGUAUAUAUCAGAUGUUUAAAAUGAGUUGCAGACAGACCUGAGUCUGGAUCAAACUCUUUUUUUUAUCGUGGAUCUGGAUUUUGGGGCGGGGGUAUUCAAAAAUCGUUUUACUCUCAGAUGAGUAAGAGGAAUCUCAUGAAAGCAGAAACUCCAGGUUCCUUUAUGUUGGGCCAGAGGUGAAAUAAUCAAUGAAAGUGAAAGUUCAAAUAGUUAGAAUGUGCUUGUUCAUUAUCCUUCUCAACUUCUAUGUCUUUAUUGAGGCCUUUCUUCUAUCUCUUAAUCCUUCCCUGACUCUCUUUCCCUUCCUUCCCCUUCCCUUCCUUUACUUUCCUUAUUUAAAACUACUUUAUUUCUUGACGUAGUUAAACUAGAUAAACUAUUAAAUAUUAGGUUUAGUUGUCAAUGAAAAAGGUUAGAUCUGUAGAGUAGUAACAUUAUAGGACAAAGGAUUAACAUUUAUAGCUAACAUCUUUCAAAUAUCCAAAAUUGUCCUAUGAGGCCUUUUUCAUUAUCACAACAUUAUGUGUGCAGAGUUUGCAGAUAUGUGGAUGCUCAGUGAACUUAGUUGAAACUCUUGUAUAGUAAAAACAAAAGGAGGUAUGCAGAUAUAGUGUUCAUUUGACAAAAUGCAUGUCUCUACCUCAUGUUUAAAAAAAUGACAGUCGAGGUUUGAUGCACAGAAAUCAACAAAGAGCUUUUUGACCUUCUUAGAAAGUGAGACGACCUCGAUAAUUCAGUCUCACGAUUGGUGGAAUGUCAAAAAAUUGUAAGAUGUACAACCAACUGGCCUUUCUCUGCUUUUUCUUACCAGUAAAUUACUAUCAGGCGAGAUGUGUCAGCAUUUUCACAAGCCAUAACGCACGAUGGGCUCAGAUGUCAGACUUGAUACUUAGAUCAGUAGCUAUAAUAUAUAAAACAAAACUACAAAAAAAUUUCAAUCAAGGUGCCUCAAAUUAGAUGGAUGAACAGCAUCAGAUUUUUAGGUCACAUGUAUUAGAAAAGAACAAUAACAGUUAAAUGAUCAGAUGAUGAUAAAAAAAACAGUGGAUAUGUCUCGUUUCCAGCCUGGACCUGUGAAGAAACCACAAACCAAUUUGGGCACUACAAAAAAUGGUCUUAAUAUAAACACACACACACACACACACACACACACACACACACAC